CCAAAGACUAUGGCGCGACCACCACCGCGAACUCCUCUCCAGAAAUGAGCGGCUAACACUGCUGAGGGAGUGGAAAAAUUAAAAAAAAAAUCUUCAAAUUGGCCCACUUAGUUCUCCAUACAUCCUUUCACCCCCUCUUCCAAGAUUUAUAUUCCUGAACCAUUCGUGGUGGCAAUUCCUGGGCUGUGAGAGGAUUUCGAGGUCUGCGUCAACUGGGAUAACGAAAAGUGGACAUUGUUCCUGAUAUUUCAUAGAAUUUGAUCAGCUGUUUUCCAUAGUCUCAUCCAGAGAGAUAGGUCUUCGAUCUUCACUGGAUUCCCAACUCAGACACAUUUGAAGAUUCUUGUAUAGCUUCUGCGAGAGGAAGGAGGCUGGUGCAACCUAAGGCCUUCGUGGGUCUGUAACUUGGGAUUCUCAGUUUCAGCAAUAUUAACCUAUACACAAGGAAUAACCAGUUCUUUCAGUUUCGAGACUAUCUCUCCUGUACUUAUUUUGCAAAAAGGAAAAGUUAUGCACUUUGUUAUAUUGUCCUCUAUGUUAAAGAACUUGAGUGAUAUUUAGAAAGCCCUUGGCUACGGUGAGAUUAAUAAACAGCUGGCAUACUUUCUUCAAGAAGCUGGUAAUAUUUAUCUCAAUCAGCAAGUUAUUCUAUACAAGAACGGUGUCUGAGUGGCAAGUUAUUCUAUCCAAGGACAGUGUCUGAGUGUGUACGAGCUGAUAGUAAAGUUCCCUACACUAGUUUUGACUCAUCGCUAUCCAAAGUGUGUCAUGAUGGAGUUUAUGAUGAUGGAUGAAAGGGACCCAUCUUCGCUUUUGGAACUCGCUAUACAGAGUCUACUGAGCAAUGAGCCUGUAGCAAUUCAUUCCCUGGAAGAGAUCCCAAGGGAGCUUUUUGUUCCAUUGUUCUCUGCUGCCUUCAUGGGAGGAUACAGGAAGACACUGACAGCAAUGGUGAAGAUUUGGCCCUUUACCUGUCUCCACAUUGGAACAUUAAGUGUGCAGGAACCCCAGCGUGCACUUCUGAAAGACAUGGUUGAGUGUCUUCAGUUCCUUCCUGCCCAAGACUCUUCUUCUAGGAGCCCUAAAUUGAGGAUCCUAGAUGUAAGGCAGGGUGUUGACUGCAGGACAACAUGCCCUGAAUUUGGUGUCAGAUCUCCCACUUGUUUUCAUGGCUGUACUCACUCUACACGCUCUAUUCUGAAGUUAGAAAACCACUGCGGCAUUGUAGAUCCAAAGCCUGAGAGUCAAUCCUCAAUGCAGCCUAUGGAACUGCUAGUAGACCUUUCCCUUGAUGGUACCUUGAGGGAAAGGGAAUUUUUUGCUUUGCUUCUGAAUAAAGUAGAGCAGAGCUCAGGGUCUUUGCACCUCUGCUGCCGAGAUCUACAAAUUGAUAGAUUUGCUUAUGCCAGAAACGCUCUGAAGUUCCUUGAUCUAACUUGCAUUCAGAACCUGGCAGUUGAUCAGGCUUCACUGAGUGAAGUAACCACUCUUCUGGCUCACAUGAUCUAUCUGGACAGCCUGAGUCUCUCUAAAAUCACUUUUAGAUCUUUGCAUGGGAAAGUCUUCCGAGUGUUCCUCAACUAUCUUGGGCGGAUGAACUGCCUGAAAGAGCUCAACCUGUCUUCCUUUAGCCUCACAGAUCAUCUGGACAGCCUCCUCAGAGCCUUACCACCUGAUUUGGAUUUCUUGUAUCUGCCGUUCUGUGAAAUAUCUUAUAGAGAUCUUAAAUUUCUGUCCCAGAGUGCCCAGGCCACCCACUUAAAGCUCUUGAAUCUUAGUAACAACCGAAUGUAUUGGGAUGAUUGUGGGCCUUUUCAGAUUCUUUUGCAGAAGCUCUCAAAUACCUUGCAGCAUUUGGCCAUAAAUCAUUGCCAUUUAACAGAUGCCAUCCUCUCUGCUAUUCUGCCAGCCUUAUCUAAGUGUUCCCAUCUCCGUGUGAUUAGCUUUGUCUCUAAUCCCAUCUCCAUGCCUAUGCUCAUGAGAAUUUUUCAUUACUUAACUCCUUUGAUGGAGCUGAAAUAUGUGAUUUACCCUAUCCCUAUACAUUGCUAUGAACAAUGGCAUUUACAUGGCAGCUUAGAUAGGCAGAAGCUAGCUGAUGUCCAAGCACAACUGAAGGCAAUGCUACAAGCAGCAAAGAGGAGUGACAUGAACUGGAUCACCUACUCUCAGUAAACCAACUUUAACCCCAUUUCAACCCCCCAAAUUGGACCUGUUAACUGUUCAAUGUUGUUUUCUUGAGCUUCUAGAGUCUGAUGUAAGAUUCUUCUGUUAUAGAAGACCUAACAUUAGGAUUAAACUGAUUAAAAACAUUAACUCUAUGAAAAU